UUCACCUGAUUUCCGGUAUCAGGUAUGACAUUAAACUGGGUCCCAAGCAGAUUAACGGUUGAAUAAUCACUCGUUAUUUUAUAGAAAUCUCUACUUGCUAUGAGGACCAGCAUAACAACUGAUUACUCAAGAAAGCACUGAAUUCGAAAAAAAGGUGAGGCCGGCCAUCGUCUAUCCCCGAGUCGUAGAUCGAUUAGAUAGCAGGACAUUUUUGUGAGACGCUUGGACGUUUUUGUUUUAUAAUACAUAAUUGGAAAAUGUAAACGUCGGAGAAGACGGUAGAAAAGAAAAGGCUUGAUUUUGUGUUUAUCAUUCAGAGAAAUUUCGGCUUUCAAGAUGGGACUGCUGUCGAGGGGGAAGUUGAGGAUCUACCUGGCCUUGGUGAACAUACUAUUCUUUAUACUAGGAGGAGCAUGUGUUGGACUCGGCGCGUGGCAGGCCGUGGAUAAAAUUUUCAUUUCCGAUGUGAUUGGAUCGGACCUGUAUUCCACUGCGGCGUACCUGUUGAUUUUCGCCGGGUGCGUCUUGAUCAUCAUUAGUUGUGUGGGAUGUGUUGGAACAGUCAUGCAAAAUAGACCCAUUCUAGUACUUUACAUGAUGACCAUCAUUUUGACCAUAAUUUUACUGAUCGCUGCUGGGGCAGUUGCUGCCGCAUUCAAAGAUAAACUUGGGUCAAGCAUGAUUGAAAACAUGAAAAAUACCAUUAGGUACAAAUAUGGGAAUAAUGUGGAAAAUAAUGCGGAGAAUAAGAGAGUCACGAACUCGUGGGAUACUCUGCAAAGGAUGCUGGAGUGCUGUGCCGUAGAUUACCAGGGCUGGAAUCUCUAUAGAGACUCAGAAUGGUUUAAACAGGUGAAUCCACACAACUACAUCCAGCCAGACCAACAUACAAUCUUUGUGCCCACUUCAUGCUGUCGGCAUCAAGGAGCAUAUUCCACAGAUGAUUGGUUGAGAAAUUGUCAAAGAAAUCCGUAUGGACCUCCUCGGUACAUUACCCCAAAUCACAGCGAAAACAAAGCCCUCAUCUACAUUGGAUGUAAAGACGCCACAACAAAUUUCAUCAAAGAUAAUAUAGGAUCUCUCAUUGGCUGCGGUUUCGGUUUCGGAGUCACUUUAUUACUUGGCAUCAUUUUUGCAUUUUUGCUCUACAGAAAUCUUAAUAAUGAGCACUCUCCAGUGUCAACUAGGGAAUAUUGAUUAUUUUUAUCUUUGAAAGCAAAAAAAAAACCCAAAAAAUUCCAAGAUCUACAAUUUUUUAAAAUAGACAGUAUUUAUUUGUAGAGUAUAUAGGUAGUGUAUGUAGAGUGGACUUUUUUUCCCCAAAGGAUACAAAUAUUGAAUGGCAUCUUUGGAGUUAUUUUUUAUGUUGUAAUGUGAAUAUUUUACAUUUUAGUUUUAUUUCCUAAUUUAAUAGAGCUGUAUUGUAUAUAUAUAUAUUUUCCUUGAAUGAUUUAUACAUUCUAUACUGCCUGGAUGUCUGUGUGUGCUGUGAAUUUCUUUUCAGGACUUAAAAAUCAUCAAGAAAAAAAAUGCAUCAAUGAAUAGAAAAAGUAUUUUUCAAUAGUGGCUAAUAAAUAUGCAUGAUUCGAGUUAUAUAAGUUUUAUGAAUCGGCAAGCUAGUCAUGUUUUAUGGCUUAUAUAUUUAAAUUAUAUGUUACCUUUUUAGUAAAUAUUCUGUAUAUAUUAUGUAUAUUUUUAAUUUUGUAUGAUUGGCAUGAUAUCUCACAAAAAGGUUUUUUUUUUUUUAAGUCAAAGUGAAAUUCAUACAUAAUCUACAUGUACAUUGUAUAUAUGUAUGCACACAGGGAUUAAUCCUGGGCAUAUUUACCACUGAUAUUCAGUAUUUUUCCCAAGAGAAAAUUUUCCCUGAAUAUCCUGUUUUCCCCUUUUGAUGAGUGAACUCCCCUAAUAAACUUUUUUCUUCAUAAAAACUGGAAAUUUAAAAGUAAAGAUUUUCAGAUGUGAAAUAUGGGUUUCCUUUCCUAUUUAUGUAUUUUACUUAGUCAUAAAAAUGCAGAGACUAAACCGGAUCCCCCAGCAGGGCUCGUCCUGCACCCGUUGGAGGUCUGGUGUUGCCCCCAAGACCCUCGGUUAUUUUUUUCCAAUUUUACCUAAAAGGGUAGUUUUCCCCUAAACCUAGAUUAAUCACUGGCACAUAUACAUGCACAUUAUAUUUGAUUUUUUUUUUAUUCCAGAAAGAAAAGAAAUUUUAUAAUAGAAUUGGUGAAAUGUAUAAGAAUUUACUAUUUAAGGCAGCAUUUUCUUGCAAAAAAGAAAAUUUUUGAAAAUGUUAUGCAUGCCAGAUUUUAAUGGUUUUUCAAGCCUUUAUUAAUAAUGAUACUCGGUAAGAAUUGUAGAGAGGUUUAUAAGAAAUAGAUUUUUAUGUGAUUUUUUUGUUCAUUGCUGUUCUUUAUAUGUAUAAAAUUCAUAAUAAAUAUGGAA